AUGUCUCUGAUAUCUGCCUUCAGGCCUCCAUCCACACGUUCUUCGUCAGUCCGCCAGGUCUCCAAACCUCGGCGAAGAAGGAAGACUCGUACUCGUCAAAAGGAUGAGGACCAUCCAGAAGAUCACAAUGCGGAUCCAGAUGCUCACUCAAUCAUCACUCCGUCCAAGCACACUCCAAGGCCAUUCCGCAAAUUGCGAGGCUCCGUCGCUACGGGAGGCCCUCUAAGACCUUUUCGGCUGGUGAAGCAAGACCUGAUCAAUUUGCGCAGGCGAUACGUUUCAGAUUGGACUAUUUUCAACCAGUUGAUCUUCGCAAGUGCUGUAUAUUUUUUUUUCACCAAUCUCCUGCCAGGAAUCACCUUCGCCAGCGACUUGUACGUGCUCACUGGCAAAAGCUGGGGCACAAUCGAGGUCGUCUUCAGUACUGGCCUCUGUGGUAUCAUUUUCUCGGUAUUCUCGAUUCAACCUCUCACCAUCCUCGGUGUAACCGGUCCGUUCUCUGUAUUGGCAGAGAACAUCUACUCGUUGUGCAUAGAUGUAUUCCAGAUACCCUUUUUGCCAUUCAUGGCUUGGUCCUUGAUUCAUUCGGCAUGGAUGCACUACGUUUUGGCAAUCAUCAAUGCGCAUGACUGGACCAUGCGAUAUGUGACGACUUUCGCGACAGAAAUAUUCUCGCUAUUGAACAGCAUCAUCUACUUUCACAAGGCGAUUCAGGAGCUGGAAAGAGCUCAUAACAGUCUCUCGUUCGCUGCGUUCUUGUAUGCAGUGAUCGGGGCUGUGGGUACCAUGCUCCUCGCCAUAUUUCUCUCAACCGCAGAGAGCUGGCGCCCUUUGUUCCAUCGAUAUUUCCGUCUGUUGCUUACUGAAUAUGCUGCUGCAAUCUCUAUCAUUGUCUUUAUUGGGCUGCCCCAUGUCGGGGAACUGGCUGAUCUGGACAAGAUGACGCUGGCGGUGAGCACGUCAUUUAGACCAACAUCGCCCGAGCGGGACAUUUUCUUCGUUGAGUUCUGGAAGCUGCCCGUCAACUGGAUAUUUGCAGCAAUGCUUCCCGGCCUGAUCAUCACUAUUCUGUUCUUCUUCGACCACGAAGUGAGCUCGAUCAUUUGUACCAUUGAUCGCUAUGGUACCCGGAAGCCUGGAGGUUUCGCUUGGGAUAUAGUUCUAUUGGGGACAACCACCGCGCUCUGCGGCAUCCUUGGAAUUCCACCAGCCAAUGGUCUCCUCCCACAGGCUCCCUUGCACUCGGAAUCUCUUAUGCACACGGUCAAAGAAGAAAGAACUGUUGUUGUGGACGGUGAAGAGAAGGUUGAAACUCGAGAAGUACACCAGGUAUACGAGCAGCGGUGGUCGUCAUUCCUCCAUUCAGGCGCUAUCCUCCUUUUCAUCAGUCCACCAUUCAUGAAAGUGCUCGGUUUGACUCCGACCAGUGUUCUGGCGGGCCUGUUCCUUUUCAUGGGAGAGCAAAGCCUCUCCGUCAAUCCAAUUCUCUAUCGAACAUUCUAUCUUCUGACCCCACCAUCUGAGCUUCCGCCAUUACCCCGGUCUCUUCAUAAGAAUCCUGAAGAUCACAGCGUGAUGGAAAGCCCAUCGAAAACCCCGUCCUACCUUCCGAUCCAUCUCUACACCAUCCUGCAGAUUGUGAUUACUAUUGUGAUCUUCAUUGUCACUCUCACUCGCGCUGCUCCAGCCUUCCCGGUGCUUAUCAUUGCCCUCGUCCCUUUCCGACUGUUGGUCAUGAAGAAGUGGUGGCCUCGAGAGGUCCUGCGGUUUGUCGACGCCUGGGCGUGUCGUGAAGGAACGCCUGAAGAUGACGAGGAUGCUGAAAAGCUAGCCGCUUCUCCGACACAGGAGCCGUCAGACGGUGCAGUACUACGACAGGCUGAGCUGACGGUCGAUGGUUCUACCUACCCUCGGAAGCAUACCUCGUCGGUCACUGAUUCCCAGGCAGACAUUGGAUUGCAGCGGACUUGGGCUGCUGCUCAGCACAACGCAGGUCAGGAAUGGAUCGAAUUAGAGGAGCGGGAGAUUGCCGAUGAGGAAUUUGGCCACAACAGGAGGUAG